AUGAAAGACAUAGGAGGAGGUGGUGCCAUUAUUCCAGUUAAUGGAUCUAACCCUUCAAAGUCUUCUGUUGGUCCUCCUUUGACAGCCAUAGAGAGGUUUUUGUGGGGACAACAGAGCCAUUCCUCUCAGCAACAGCCACAGAAUGUUGCAAACAAUAUCCAUGCAAGUGUUUUGGAUGGUUUUGGUGGCUCAAACUACAACAUUUUUUGGCAUAAUGGUGGUAGGGAAGUGAACUUUGUUGAAAAGCUUUUAGCAAAUGAAGUGGAAGGUCUGAAUUGGACACAACAAGUACCUCCACUGUGUUUGAAAGAAGAUUUGCUUGUGUCGGGAAAGAACAGAAAAGGGGUGGGACGAAAACCUAAGGAAGGGUCUUCUGUACCUUGGAUCAAAGGCCAGUGGACUGAAGAAGAAGACAGGAAACUGGUAAAGUUGGUGAAGCAACAUGGUACAGGGAAAUGGUCUCAGAUAGCAGAAAAGUUGGAUGGAAGGGCUGGGAAGCAGUGUAGAGAGAGAUGGCAUAAUCAUCUGCGUCCUGAUAUUAAGAAAGAUGCUUGGAGUGAAGAAGAAGAAAAAAUCUUAGUAAAAUAUCAUGCCGAGUUUGGAAAUCGAUGGGCAGAAAUUGCUAAACAGAUAAAAGGAAGAACCGAAAAUGCAAUAAAAAACCAUUGGAAUGCCACAAAGAGGAGACAAAACUCAAGAAGAAAGAACAAAAGAGCAGGAAUGGGAAAUGGAAAGCCAUUGUCCUCUAUUCUGCAAGACUACAUCAAAAGUCUGUCUCUAAGCAACACUUCAAAUACCUCUGUGGAACAAACAUUAGCAUCACAACAGUUAUCUGAUAUUGCCACCAACAGCAAUUUCUCACUAAUGUCUGAGACCUAUGAUGAUGAGAUUUCCUUCAUGCAACAAUUUUUCGAUGAAAACAAUGUCAUUGCUGAAUCUGUUAAGCAGACCAAAACUUUGAACAACUCUUCUGCAGGCUUUAAUGGUUAUCAUCAUCAAAGCAGUAACAAUAGUCAGUUUCUCACUGAACUCACUCAAUCAGGAUCUGUUGUUCAUUCAAACUCACAAAUGUCCUUUGAUGAGAGUCUUUUCCUCUCUAAAAGGACUCCUAUAGGUUUUGAUGUCUGUCUCUCUCAUGGAACUGCGAAGCAAAAUUGGUUAUGGGAAAGAGGGAUAGGGAUAUAG